GCUUCUCACUGAUGAAGGAAGAGUCUGGUUCGGCAAAUGCUCUUCUUCGUAAAUCGUAAAGUUGCCGAAGUAUAUGUUGAAAAACGGAUGCCAAUUAAUAUUUUACAUUUUCAAAAAUAAUACAAAACCUUUCUACGACUAAUAAUUAUUAUAUUUUGACUAAAAUAAAUUAAUCUUAUAAUACGACAUUAUCCGUCGAGCGAGUUAUGUGUAGCUACAAUUCUUGUCCCAAUCCCUGUUUAAGCAAAAUGAAUUAUGCUUAAUCGGACGUUGAAUGCUAAAGUCAAUGCCCUUUCCAAAAGACACUAUUAGCUUUAGCUGCCCGUGUUAUCGUGAUUUGAACUUGUGUGUCAGACUGUACUUUGUCCCUUCUCACUCUCCUUCCCAUGUCAAAAACAGAAAGGAGGGGUCGGAAGUAUUCGUCAUGAUGACAGAAAAACGAAAUAAAAAACAAAAAGACAAAGGUGUGGGAAACGUAGAGGGAACAUUUGUGCAAACUAUGAUUUUCUCAGCUGUGAUUGUGCUACUUUUGGCUGUCUGCGUUACACCACUCGUAGCGCACAUCCCUCUCUCUCACCCUCACCGAAAGGCUACGUUACUCAAAAUGGAUGAGGCCGCCCUGACCAUCAACAAUGAGCUGCAAAGUCAGAUUGUUGUGUCCUGGUUGUCUGAUCAUUGCUAUCAGUGCCCGUUCCAGCGCCUGGGCGAGGUAGCAGCAGGCCCUGGUCUCGGGGUGCCCGGCUCCAAGGACUUCACCGUGGGCACGCAACAUCCGCUCACCCUGCUGGUCAACAGCUCUCAGCCUGACAGUGAGCCCUGCAGAAUUCCCUUCCACUUUGGAGAGCAUGGUAACUACUCCCUGUGGGUGAGGGAUCUGAAUCACUCGGGGAUCAACUGCUCAAUGGUAACAGUCAGGGAGCCUGUUAACAGCUACCUGCCCAUCCUGAUUGCCUUCCUGGUAUACGCUGGAUUAUGUAUUCUGGCUGCCGUCGGAAGCGCCAUUAUGAGGCUUGACGUCACAAGGAAUCUCCUGUUUCGACUAGGAACCACGGUGGAAACUGAGAGACUCAUCAAUUCAGAACUGGGCUCUCCCAACAGAACGCUAGAGUCCUCGUCUGAUUCGCCAAUCCCCCCAACCACUGACAGCAGCAGCAGGCUGCGCUCAUUGGACACCUUCCGUGGCCUAUCUCUGGUGAUCAUGGUCUUUGUGAACUAUGGUGGAGGGAGGUACUGGUUCUUCAGGCAUGAAAGCUGGAACGGGCUCACAGUGGCUGAUUUGGUCUUUCCCUGGUUCGUGUUCAUCAUGGGGACCUCCAUCUCCCUGUCCCUGAGCACAGCCCUUCUCCGGGGGUCGUCCCGGAUACAGCUCUUCGGCAAGGUGCUCUGGAGGAGCCUGCAGCUCUUCCUCAUCGGAGUCCUCAUCAUCAACCCCAACUACUGCCAGGGGCCCUUGUCCUGGGACUCUCUGCGUAUUCCCGGGGUUCUGCAGCGCCUGGCCUUCACCUACCUGUCCGUGGCUGCUCUGGACCUGAUGGUGGCCAGAACCAGGCUGGACACCAUCCCCACGGAUGCGUGGUGGUACUCGGGGCGGGACUUCCUGUUGUACUGGCCUGCCUGGCUCUGUGUCAUCGCCAUGGAAACAUUGUGGCUGUGUCUUACUUUCCUGCUCCCAGUGCCCGACUGCCCAACUGGAUAUCUGGGGCCUGGUGGAAUAGGAGACUAUGAACAGUACCCAAAUUGCACGGGGGGAGCUGCUGGCUACAUUGACCGCUGGCUCCUUGGGGAGAGGCAUAUUUAUCAGAACCCAUCGUCGAGGGUCGUGUACCAGUCCAGGGUGCCAUACGACCCUGAGGGGGUGCUCGGAAGCAUCAGCUCGGUCGCCAUGGCGUUCUUGGGGCUACAGGCUGGAAAGAUUCUUUUGCACUAUAAGGGCCUUCACUCAAAAAUCAUGGCCAGAUUUCUUAUGUGGGGUUUUGCAUUGGGGAUCAUAUCUGCCAUUCUCACCAAGUGCUCAAAAGACCAGGGAUUCAUCCCCAUCAAUAAGAAUUUAUGGUCCCUGUCCUAUGUCACUACCCUCAGCUGCUUCGCCUUUGUGGUGCUGUUCAUCGUUUACUACGCCGUGGACGUGAGGAGAUGGUGGUCUGGUGCUCCAUUCUUUUACCCCGGAAUGAACUCCAUCCUGGUGUACGUGGGCCAUGAGGUUUUUGAGGACUACUUCCCCUUCAGGUGGCGAAUGCACAACAGCCAAUCACACGGCGAGCAUCUCGCCCAAAACCUGGUGGCCACGUCUGUGUGGGUGCUCAUCUCCUACGUGCUGUACAGGAAGAAGAUCUUCUGGAAGAUCUAGCUUUGUGCAGCUGAGAGAGCCCUCAGCACAACCCUCCACCCAACCAACGUCCCGGGACAGCAGCUGGGCAGGAACAGGUGUGCACACCUGCCCACGUUCAGCACAGUCCCACAGGUGCACCAUCUACCCGGGCCCAAGCAUUCUUUGUGUACUCGCGACUGGGGCGGGGGGUAUUUUCAGGAAUCGUUAACGAGGUCUGCCUGUCAGAGCUGCAUUCUUGAGUAUUACAGUCAAGGAACAGUGUCUCAUUGCUGUCAAACUGCCCUGUGUCUGACACAGAGAUUUGUGUGUGUGUAUGCGUGUGUAUGCGUGUGCGUGCGCAUGCGUGCGUGUGUGCGCGCGUGUGUGUGCGUGCGUGUGUGUGCGUGUGUGCGCGUGUGUGCGCGUGUGUGCGCGUGUGUGCGCGUGUGUGCGCGUGUGUGCGCGUGUGUGCGCGUGUGUGAGUGCGUGUGUGUGUGUGUGUGUGUGUGUGAGCGUGUGAGCGUGUGUGUGUGUGUGUGUGUGCGCGUGUGUGUGUGUGUGCUGCGUGUGUGUGUGUGCACGUGUGUGUAUGCGGGUCACCUCAAAGGCUUCAGUAUACGCGAUGGUGCAUUACACUUUCUUUGUUUUCUGGGUCCGCUGUGCUGAAAAUAACUGACUUUGGGAAAAGUGCUGUGAGCCAGGGGCCAAAUCGUGCUAUGCUAACGCCUUACCUUUUCUUCAGCCAUUGAAAAAGUUGAACUGUAGAUGCUGGAAUUAAAAAGUACACUGUUCCAAGUAUUGUCUCCAUAGUAGCUGUUAAAAUAUUCAUCGUUGACCAGCAGAGCAAAAGAAUGCUUCUGUAAAUGUUCUCUUUUUAAGAGAUAUGACCGGUUUUCUAUUCUGAGGUUUCCAUGGUUACCGGGGCUUUAUGUACAGAAGAGAUGACCUGCUCUUGAAAUUCACAAGUGUUCCAACCCAAUCAGUAGUGACAACUUCCUGAUUAAGAGGAGAAGACAUGGGUGCCCCAUAUGCAAGUCCAGACAUCCGCUUUCUCUCCCAUUUUAAAUGUAUCCCAAGCCUUCCUCAAAUAGGGGUUAUUCCUUCAAAAUUCCACAUGCAGGAGGCAAAACUGCGGAUUGGAAAAAUUCUAGAUGACGUAAUUUAUGUACACAAAUAUUUAUAUUAAAAAGAAAAAAAUAUAUUAAAUGGAGAAAGCUUAAUGGUUGCUGUUGUAUGCAUUCACAGACAUGAAUGCAACUUAUUACUCUUUUAUAUCAUAUUAAUGUAAAUAGAUUGUAAUUUUAGUACAAUUUGUAAGUGUUCUUGAAUUGAUUAUUACUGUUGCAUUUCAUUUCUCACCUGUUUUUGUAAAUUGGAUAUUAUUUUGAAAAAAAAGAUUUUAUGUCACUAUUUUCAUGAAUAAAAUAUUUCAUCAUAUCCA